GCACAAAGACGUCACGUGUGUGUAGUAAAGCGACCCUAGAAGAAGUAACAGCGGCGUCCUGAGGCAAACAAUCAUGGCGGCGACGGAGAGCGAGGUUCUGUGUGAGAUUGAGGUGCUGCAGUCCAUCUACUUGGAUGACCUGCGUGUCACCAGGACACACGACAGGCGUUGGGAGGUGAGCCUGGUUCUGUACCCGUCCACAGCCGAAGAUUCUGGAUCGCAGUUUGUCCGACUCGGCUUGACGCUAACUCUCGAUGACCAGUAUCCUUGCUCAUCUCCUGUCAUCUCCAUACACAACCCGCGAGGACUCUCUGACCACAAGCUCAGCAGCCUUCAGCGGAGUCUUGAGCUCGAAGCCGAGUCGUGCGUGGGCUCACCCGUCUUAUAUCAGCUGAUUGAGAAAGCCAAAGAAAUCUUGACUGAAAGCAACAUUCCCCACGGGAACUGUGUCAUCUGCUUGUACGGUUUCAAGGAGGGGGAGUCGUUCAGCAAGACGCGCUGCUAUCACUACUUCCACUCUCACUGCCUGGGUCGAUAUGCUCGCCACUCGGAGGAGGAGAUACGCCUCCGCCAGCAGGAGAUGGCAGACGACAAGACGGCCACGCAGCAUCAGGAGCUGACGGUGGUUUGUCCCGUGUGCCGCGAGCCUCUGACCUACGACCUGGGCCAGUUGAUGGCCAGCGCUGCGCCACAGCUGCCCGAGCUGGACGGCGCCGCCAUCCGCUCCAAAUUCCGGCAGAAGUGGCAAGAACUUGAGAAGGUUCUGGACAGGCAACGCAGUCGAGGAGGUGUCAUCGAUCCCGAGGAGGAGUCCAAUCGCUUCCUCAUCCACAUCAAUGAGGCUCCUCCACUUUCUCCUGAUGGCGACGGAGUUGUGGACCCUUCGCGAACCGCUACCUGUGAGCUUCCUCCCCCAGCGCAGCACUUUCCUCCGCCGCCAACGCAUUGCACAAGCACUCACGGGCAGCCUCAGGCCCACAAGCGCCACAGCCAUGGCAGGGGUCCCAGGAGAGGAAGCGGGCCCCGAAUGCAUCACAUCAAAGGUGGUGCCCCCAUCUCUGAACACCUGGACUCGCUCUGUCUAUCAUCGGACCCUGCCGAGGGAGCGCCCGGCACCACACGUGACAGCGUGCAUGCAAACUUGACUCUUCGCCAAACAGGAAGUCACCCUUCUUUUUCUUCUGACAAGCAUACGGCAGGGGGGCACACUCAGCGGGCUCGCAGAAGGGGCCCGCAACACGCGCCCCUCAGGGGGGCCCCUCAACACCACCGCUGGGACACUCGGGGACCGAGAAGGGGGGGGUCCUACCAGCAGAGGGUUGGGGGACCAGAGGAGGAGCUCUGACACACACUCUUGUGGUGUGGUGAUACAAAAUGAAAUAAAGCUAAUGAACUAAUUA